GGCGCUGGAUUUUGUAAACCUUUGCCUUUCUCUUACUCUCUUUCAUCCCCGAUCUAUCUUCUUAUUUUAUUUUAUAUAUAUUUUUUGGUUCGAUGGAUCAUCCUCUUCUUCUUGCUCCAUUCUCUAAUCAGAUCCAAUCCUGGAUUCACGAUUUGGAUGAUCCUUUUUGAUCUAUUACUUUCUUCACUUGUGGAUUAUGUUUUAUUAUUGUUCAAACAAAGUUGUUUGUGUUUCUGAUUUGACUUUUUUUUUUUUGAUUUAGUUAUGUGUUUGUUGCCUCUAUGAGGUUGGAUCUAACUCUCUUUCUAUCUUGUUUUUCUCCAUUCUUAAAUUAUUUAUUUUUUCUCUCCUUAAUUUAAUCUGGAAAUCAAUGAAUUUCUAUGAAUUUCUAAAUCGUAAAGAUUUAUAAAAUUUUAUUUUUGUUUUUGGUUCGGAGUACGAUUUAGGUUUAUUUCAAAAUUUAGUUUUGCUUUUUCAAAUUUUUUAAUCGAAUUUUCAUUUCUUCUUAUAUGUUAUGGAGAAUUUUUUCAAGGUUAAAACAAUACUCCACCUAUUUUUUUGCCUGUUUAUUGAUGCGGAGUAUAACAUAACAUCUUUAGUUUUGUAGGCUUUUUAUAUGGCUUUUAAAUACGGAGUAGUAUAUAAUUUUAUUUUUAAAUUUACCUCAUUUUUCAUAUAUAAUGAUUUAAAAAAUAAGUUUUGUCAAAUAUCUUCAAAAUAUUUUAUAUUCUAGGGUAUCUUAUUUAAUUAUUUCACUGUUUGGGCUUGCACACCCUUUGGUCUGUUUUCUUGGGCCUCUUACGAAUUACAUGAGGGGCCUUUAUGCUCUUAUUAUUAUUACUAUUAUUCUCGGGCUUAUGCACUUUCGGCCUCGUAGAUCUAAUAUAAUUAAAUCACCCUCAGGCCUGUAUUUUUCUUUAGGACCUCUUAAAAAUUAUUCAAUGAAAAACUACUACUGUUGUGCUUCCGGCCUGCCUUUUUGCUGUACCCGUUCAAAAAUUACUGGAUGAAAAUGUUACUGGACCGGGGUUUUUGAGUAUGAUAAGAUACCAGAUGGCAAUUCUUUCACUCUUUCCUUGAAUUCAGAAUGUUCUAUAGUUAGGGAUGACUUCAUAAGACUGGUACAGUUUCUUCAAACUCAUUGCUCUUUCCUUGGAGCCAAAUAUUCUGGAAUUUCAGAGGUGUAUUGGAAACAAGGAUUCCCCCUACUGGAAGUUAAAUUGGUCCAUAAAGAGUCCUCUUGUCGGGUUCUUAUUCGUAAGUCUGACAUAUAUGUGGUGGGUUACCAUUUUGGGGGGUUUUUGGUAUUUAUUCAAGGAUGCUCGAGUUUCUUUGUUGGGAUGUAAAAUUGCACAGGAAUAUUCUGGUUAUAGCAGCAAGGCAUUCAGCUUGGAAUUGGGUGCUGCUUCUCUUGUUAAAGCCAUUGAUUUGUUGAAUAGCGAAACUUCAAUGGAUAGGAAGGAUGGUGCUGAGAUUCUAUUCAUUCAUUUGGGUGAGGCUGCAAGGUUCAGGCCUGUCAGGGAUCAAAAUGGAUGGAUUCAAAUGUGGUGAUGAAGCUCCAAAUCCUGAUGAAGAUGCCCUCUUUGAAUGGGCAGUAGGUAGUUCUGCUCGAGAUGUUAGUAGCUUGGGAGGUGUUUCAUUUCCGGCUAACACACAACAAUGUUACAAGGGUGUUAAGGUCUUUAAGGAAAUGCAGGAUUUGGUGCACUAUUGGAAAACUCUUUCCAAAGCAUGGUGUGUGUAUUGUGCAACAGGUUCUGCAGAUCACAUGAAUGAACCGGGGUUGUCUAUUGUGCUGAAGAAGUGUGGGAUUUGCAACCUCCGCUCUCUGAGGUUGAGACUCUGAAAUCCCAGGCAAACAAGCUUCAACGAGACCGUUUUGAUGCUAUUUCUGCUCAAGUGACAAAGUGGAAGAAGAAGAGGGAAAAUGCUCUUACCAACUAUGCCAUUUCUUGACUCUUGGUUAUCUGGUCUUUUGUUGCAUCUUUGCAAGAUGUGUUGGAAUCCUUGAUCCUGAAUUUCCUUGCGUCGAUGGGCCUUCAACUUUUUUUUUUGUCAUUGCUGCCCAGCACCAUUCUCUGUUGUUUCUAAAUAUUUGUCUAAUGAGAUGAUGUGUAAUGGUACUAACCGUACUAAUGUAGGAUGAUACUGAAAUGUGCCCAUCUUGAAAAAUAGAUGGUGUGAUCUUUUAUUCGUAGAUUGAUUUUUGUGUUCUGGGAGUUUUUGUUUGAAUCUGUUUGGCUUUUUCUCAACACUUAAUUUGCCCAUCUUGAAAAAUAUAUGGUGUGGCCUUUU